ACUAUGCAUGCAUCAGUUGAGGGUGUGAACUGUGGAACUCUUACGGUCAUUAGUAAUAGUGUAGCUGACAUGCUUCCUCUGGCUGAUCUUCAACACACAGAGCCAAACACCACACUCAACUAGAAUCCCCUGCUACUGGCCCUCCAAGCCUGACGACUCCACACGACUCAGCAGCUAGACCCAUUAGAGUGCAGCUAUGGGGAAUGUGAUGUGGGGACAGGGAGCUGGGAACAAAACAAAUUCAAACUGCCAUGACAGUGCAUUAAAGGCAGGAGAAGACGAGACGCUUGUCGUUCUCCAUGACUAUCCUUCUCCAGACAUCAGUGAGCCGAUCUUUAGGAUGGGAGAGAAGCUGAGGGUCUUGUCUCAGGAAGGCAACUGGUGGAGAGUUCGGUCUGUCCAAUCAGGAAGUGAAAACUACAUCCCUAACAACUAUAUUGCCAAAGUCUACCAUGGAUGGCUGUUUGAGGGAGUAGUGAGGCAGAAGGCAGAGGAACUACUUAGUCUCCCUGAAAACAGAGUGGGUUCCUUCAUGAUUAGAGAGAGCACCCAGCAGAGAGGUGUCUACUCCAUGUCUGUAAAGCACAGAUCCAUCCAGCACUAUAAAAUCUUUCGCCUGGAGAACAGCUGGUACUAUAUCUCUCCUCGUCUGACUUUCCAGUGCUUGGAAGAGAUGGUAAACCACUACUCUGACUCUGCAGAUGGUCUGUGUUGUGUUCUCACUGGCCCGUGUCUGUCUGGGACUAUCAGCCCCAUAGACAUCACCUCUCAGCCACCCCCUGUAAGGAUGCGACACAACAACUUUGACUGGAAGAAAAUAGACAGGAAAGAUCUGAUCAGUGCAGGGGCUGCGCAGGGCCAGGAGAACAGGAAUGCCAUGGUGAGCUACGGUGUCAGAAACAGCAUGGCCUCUUACCUCUCUCUGGUCGGGGAUCAUGACCCAGGACAGCAGAAGAAGAACCGCAAGAAGAAGAGCAAAUCUGUCUGUGUGACAGACCACAGCAUCAGCCAUAUGGACUUGGAUGAGGACUAUGAUAUGUAGUGGCCUGGAUGGUGCAACACUUAGUUCUGCGAACCCCAGUACACAUAUAUAGCCUAGGCUAGUGGUUCCCUUUCAGUCAGUCAACUUCGGUAUUACAGGGGAGUUGCACUCUCGCUUCUUCGGCUGAAGGAUGUACAAUCACGCCUGACAAGGCCAAUGAAAUCCACACCUCACUGGAAGUCCCACCUUCCACAGGUGAUAAACAUGAGGCUCAGAUUCAUUCCUUCAAUUUAAUACCACUCUUCACCGAGCCCAGGAACAGGCGGUGCUGGGUCAAACAGGUGUUGUACCUCAUUUCCCUCCUUCAGGGAACAGUAGUUAUGGUCAUAAUGUUACAUUUUCCUUCAGUCAGUCAACAUACUAUGGGGAAAUAUGAUCACAUCCAUGAGAUGCUGUAUGAGUAUAAGUGGCAAGUGUUUGAGCUCUGGUGCCAAGAUAAAGGGCUGGUUCAUUUUCAGUGCUCUGGGAAAUACUUGUUUCUACAGGAGCUUUAAAAGCAUUCUCCACUUUAAAAUUAUAUAUGGCCGCUAUCUCAGCACGUGGGAAUUGACUGAGCCUCACCAGGGGCUCACCCACUGGUGUUGCAGUUACUGAAAGGUGUACACCCUUCCUGUACUCCGUUCGCCCCGGGCGACUCUAAGAUGACCUUGUGUCCAAAUGUGGCCUUUGCCCUAAAAGUAAUGGCCAUGCCCUACAAGUCCUUAGCUUUUGAGGUGUUUCCCUUUUUGCCUCCUCCAUUUGCUUCUGAAGAGCAACAGAGGUUACAUGCCCUGUGUCUGGUGCAAGCUCUACGCACAUACAUUGAACAACCUGGGUUUUCCGGUUGUGUGACCAGAAUUAUGUCUGUUUUGCUAAUCCAGCUCAGUUUCAGGGCACUUUGAGCAGUGUCUCUCCCACUGGAUUGUGGAGGCUAUCUCCUGCCAUAAAACAGCAAGGGACAAGGGUUACCUAGUGGAGUAUGCACCCACUCCACCAGGGGGCUGGCAGCAUUUUGGCCGUUGUGUAAAGGGUUGACUAUAGGAGAUAUUUGUGCUGCGGCGAGUUGGGCAUCACCACACACUUUUGUAAGGUUUUAUCACUUGGAUGUCACUUCUCCCAGUGUAGCUCACAGGGUGCUUACAGCUGGGACAGGGGAAAGUCACUAAGCGGGUCUUCCAGUGAGGUGCGGAUUUCAUUGGCUUUGUCAGGUGCAAUUGUCUAUAUGUCAACAAAUGUCGAGAGAGUGAGACUCCCCCUUGUAUGUUGUACCUUGUUUCCCUCCUUCAGGGAAUAGUAGUUAUAGUCAUAACGUUACACUCUCAAACUUCUCCUCAGGGACCCCCAGACUUUCCAUGUAUUUGAUCUAUUAUAUAUGUCAUGACUGUCCUGAUCAGGUCAGGUUACAGGAGACCACAACCCUACAGAUUAUCUCUCAACCCCAACAGAGGAGGAGAGAUCUAGGGGUCUGAAGAUGUGGGGGUUUUAUGACCCCUCACACCCCUGGUAAAUCUCAGGUCACAGACAAAUUUCUUUGUCCUGUUACUAUGGAGAACCAGCCUCAUUAAACAUGAAAUAAAGGGACUUUGGAACAAUGGUUUCCGUCAGGCACAAUGGUGGUCAUGACGAUAGAUGGAAUAUGAAAAUGUAUGUCAUUUUUAUUUUGUUAUUAAAGGUUAAUAGAUUACGUUAUUACGAAAACAUUGUAACGUGAAGAGUUUUCCUAGUGUAUGUUUGAUGUUUAUACAUUGUACGUUGUAUGGAAAAUAUCCAAAUCAAAGAGAAUGUUUUGGGGAAGAUGAAAUGUGAAGUUAGUUGUCUAAAAUUGGGUUUGAGUAAAAUCUAGACCCUGCCCUCAUUUCUUGGUACGCCCAGAGAACUGCCCUAAAGUCGGUUACGCCCACUUCUGACCCAAGGGUAUAAAACCUGUGAGUUUAGAAUUUACGGGAGACUACGUGACCCAAGCUGCAGCCAAGGUCUAAAACGUCAACAAACCCAGAACGCAACACAAGUUUGAAGACAAAGAAAUCCUUUUCUACCCAAGUUACAGAUGAGUAGCUGUGUCUAAGCAGGUGAAUUCAAGCCGGACCCCCUUAGCAUCCAGUCCCAGCUAAUCAUGGUAUCUAAAGGGUUUCAUUCCUAUGCUGUGAGCUCUGAGCUGCAGAGCUGUCUGUCCUCAGAAGACCCCUUCCAGGGUGAGGGAACAGACUCCUAAGCCAAAAGGACACUGACAUCGGGAGGACGAUCAGAGAGGUGCGCAGGAGAAGUGCGUCGAGCAGCUGAACGGUCCACGCAGAGAAUCCUCGGAGGUCUACCCCACGUAAUUAGAUCAUUAUAUUCUGACCCAUAAGAGCGGCAGUCUGGGACAAGGCUAGGGUUAGAAUAGCAUAGCUGACAAAUUCACCCAAAUGUAUAUUUCUCUCGUGUACUUUCUUUUUCCUCUCUCCCUUUGAAAUCCCCAUUGUGGGUAACACGCGCCAUAAGUUCUAAUCAAUAGCCUAUAAUGUGUUUUGUCUAUGUGUAUCUUAUAUCAUCAUUUUAGCUUUUUAGUAAAUAAAUAUUAAACUAAGA